AUGUCCUCCUCCAUUAAAAUUGAAUCUGUUGUGAAGGAGAAGAACAGGAUGGGAGAGUGCCCGGUCUGGGAAGAACGGGAAAAUGCACUCGUGUAUGUAGAUAUUCACUCGCAGAAAGUUUGCCGCUGGAACGCUGCCACCAACGAAGUGCAGAGCGUCUCCGUGGAUGCUCGUGUGGGCUCGGUGGCGCUGCGCCGGCACGGGGGCUACAUCAUGGCCCUGGGAACCAGGUUCGCCUUUCUGGACUGGGACACCCAGUCAGUCACCACUCUCCUUGAGCUUGAGCAGGAUAAACCCAACAACAGAUUCAAUGAUGGGAAAGUGGAUCCAAAGGGGAGGUUUUUUGCUGGUACGAUGGCUGAGGAGACAGCACCCGGGGUGCGAGCGAGGAGGCAAGGGGCUCUCUACACCCUUUACCCUGACUACUCUGUGGUGAAACAGUUGGACCAGGUGGACAUCUCCAACGGUCUAGACUGGUCCCUGGAUCACAGGACCUUCUUUCACAUUGACAGCCUGACAUACGCCGUGCACGCCUUCAGCUAUGAUGUGCACACUGGCAAGAUUGCCUGCCCGAAGCUUGUGUACCGGCUGGAGGAGGAGGAGCGCAUGCCUGACGGGAUGUGCGUUGACGCGGAGGGGAAGCUCUGGGUGGCCUGCAUUGACGGCGGGAGGGUGAUCCGCCUAGACCCAGGCACGGGACAAAGAAUUCAAACUGUGACGCUGCCUACCUCCAGGAUCACCUCUUGCUGCUUUGGUGGAAAAGACUAUUCAGAAAUGUAUGUGACUUCUGCAUAUGAUGGGCUGGACGAGAUGGCUUUAGCAAAAGAACCUCAGGCAGGAGAGAUUUUCAAGAUAACAGGCCUGGGUGUGAAAGGGAUUCCACAGAAUUUCUAUGCUGCUUGA